AUGGCGGCGACGGUUGCGCAUGCGAAUCCCCUCCCUAAUCAGGUUGGAGGAGGACUGUCCAAGAUGAUGCGUCGAACCAGUAAUGGACACAGUCAACCACAACAACAAUCGCAACAUCCAGACUCUGGCGUUGGGCCUCUUGCCACUCGCAAGUUGACCCCCCAAGACUUUCGCGUCGUGAGGACGCUCGGCACAGGUACCUUUGCCCGAGUUUGUCUCGUAAGGCCGGCCAAUGCCACCGAAGAGGAGCGCGACACGGUAUUCGCUCUGAAGAUUCUGCGCAAAACAGAGGUCAUCAAGCUGAAGCAGAUCGACCAUGUCCGUCACGAGCGCUUAAUUCUCGGCGACGUGUCCGGCUUCCCCUUCAUCACGAACCUCGUCACCUCCUUCUCCGAUCGCGACCACCUUUAUAUGCUGCUGGACUAUGUACCCGGCGGCGAGUUGUUCAGCUACUUGCGCAAGUUCAGGCGCUUCGAGGAAGAGACGGCCCGUUUCUACGCGGCAGAGAUUGUUCUCGUGCUGGAGUACCUGCACGAGCAGCAGGGAAGAGUCGCCUACCGCGAUCUGAAGCCCGAGAACCUCCUGCUGGACCAAGACGGACACAUCAAGCUGGUGGACUUUGGCUUCGCAAAGAGGUUAAGCAACAGCGCUGGACAGCCCACCGAGACGUACACUCUCUGCGGCACCCCCGAGUACCUCGCCCCGGAAGUGAUCCAUAACAAGGGCCACACGACGGCUGUGGACUGGUGGGCGCUGGGCAUCUUGAUAUACGAGUUCCUGACGGGAUACCCGCCCUUCUGGCACCAAAACCCCAUCGAAAUCUACAAACAGAUCGUUGAGAAGCCCGUCAUGUUCCCGCACGACCCCCCGGUGUCUCCCGAAGCUCAAGACCUCAUCAGAGCUUUCUGCACGGUGGAUCGCUCCCGGCGGCUGGGGAAUAUCAGCGGAGGCGCCGCGAAAGUCAAAGAGCAUCCCUUCUUCCGCGGCGUCAACUGGGACGACAUGUACCACCGGAGAGUCCGCGGGCCCAUCAUCCCGCCGAUUCGGUACCCAGGCGAUGCGCAAUGUUUCGAUAUUUAUCCCGAGGACGACGGCAAGCGGGAACCAUAUACCGACGACAUGGUCGAGAAGUACGACCAGUACUUUAAAGACUUUUGA